AUGGCAGGAAGAAUCCAUGACGAUCUCUCUCUUCUUGUGUAUGAUAUGACGAACAAGUGGAAUGCUCUGAAAGCGAAGCUUGAGAAAGAGUCUGCCUCCAUAUCAGCGAGUACACGCGCUUUAUUGUGCGACUUCGAAGCUCCUUUCAAAGUCGUCGUGAAACAAGUUCAUAAACUGAUCGAGAUACAUCAUCACAGCAAAGGUCAAGAAGUGCCGCGCUUGAAUCAAUCGGACUUGAGUCCGCCAUGCCUCGACAAAUCCCUUCGACUUCUCCAAGAAUUGAAGGGGAUGCUGUUAGCCGAGAACUUUCUUGGUACUCAAGGCGAACUUUAUGGUCACAGGAAAGAGAGCUCAGAAGAAUUCGACGACGAAGCUCUGAUGAAAGCACUGAAGAAGGAGAAAUCUAACAAUGCACAGCGUACUCAAAUUGAGUCUAGGCGACAGGGGACAAACAAACAGAGCAAGACCAAGACGGUUGAAUCAUGGGAGCUUCUUUUGGACAAAAACUUUGUUGCGCAUAGGGAAUCGAUUUGGGCUUUAGCCAUUGCACAAGGGUUUUUGUUUAGCGGAUCGCAUGAUGGUACAAUAAAGAAAUGGUGCAUGAAGACAUACACCUGCUUGAAGGAGAUCAAGGCUCACAGUGAUGCUGUUCUUGGAUUGAUCUCGUUGGAAGAAAUACUAGUUACCGGAUCUGCGGAUUGUAAAGUGUGCAUCUUUUCUACGGACGAGCUUGCCCUUCUGGAGAAACAUGAUAAGCACUCACAACGAGUUGGUGCACUGGAGGUCAUCGGACGAAGAUUUGCUACUGGAUCUGCAGACGAUUGCAUUUGCAUUUGGAGGCAGAUUUCAGAUGGAAAGAAAAGCUGGACUUGUUUGUCAUUAGCUGCUCGGAAGAAGGAUGUAUCGAAGUUCGGGACUCUGACCAAGAUUGGAGAAUUGUAA